UAUGCUUGUGGCUGACACUUUACUUCCACUAUUACUUCCACUAUCGCUUUUCUGGGUCGUGGUGCAUGCGCUCAACGCCUAUGCAGGACGCUCUCGAUAUGUACCACUUCUUCCUAGCAACGUCACCAAUGCUCAUUCCCGGCCAAGACUUAAACAUUGGGGUCUUUCCAGUACAACGCUCAAUGUCAAGUACCUACACUUGACCGCCUGUACAACGGCAUGGAACUCUUUGUACGACAGGAUGGCGGAGAAGCUCGGAACCAAAACGUACGCACGUAUAAGAUACUGGAUGACAGUUUUUUAUGAUAUAGGCGUCGUAAUUGGGCUCAUGGGGAUGUUAUGUGCAGUCUGCGCCCUUGCCUGGCUUUCGGGAGUGUUAUUGUGGGAUUUGGUUCAGAUUUCCUCUCGAGUGACAGAGCGAUCAUCCUCCUUGAGUGUACAGAAAAGGGAUGAUAUGGAACUCAGCCGAGGAACAAUGACAACACCAGCCUCAAAGGUAUUCAUUAUCCCCAUCAUCCCAGGGCUCACCGUACCUUUCGUACAUCUUCCGGUGAUCUUGUUGGCCGUCUUUCUUUGCCAGAUAUUUCACGAGUUUGGACAUGUUAUCAGUGCAGCAUUGGAAUCGGUCUCGUUAUUUUCUGUCGGUGUCUCAUUCACUGUGAUAUUUCCAUCUGCACAUGUCUCUUUCCCACCUCGUCAGAUUGAGAACCUCUCUCCUCGGAGGAAAGGAAGAAUAAUUGCCGGGGGCCCGUGUCAUAAUAUCGUAAUGUGGUUAUUGCUUCUGGGGGUUGGAAGGACGUCUGUUUGGUUAGAGAAGUCGACUUCAAUUGGAAGUACUUUCCUUGGACUGCUAUACGAAGAUAUCAGUCACAUUGGAAGGGCCGUAGUUGACAUUGAAGAGGGCUCCCCUUUGAAAGAUUUCCUGCUAGUCGGAUCCAUCGUCACCCAUCUGGACGAUGUUCCGCUAGCCGUGGUCCAGUCCAGGGAUGAUAUCUGGUCUACCUAUCUGUCCGAGAAAGGUCCAGAUGAGUUUCGACUCUUGAAUAUGUCUGGAUGGUGUGUCCCGCGAACCGCUUUUCAAGGGGCUGCUUGCUGCUACGGGACUCGAGGUCUCUUAAAUCCUGCAUUGUCAUGUUUCAAACACAAGAAGAUCUUGUUGGAUGAUCGCACUGAUUGGAACAAAGGCUGUUUAGAUCCGAUCGACAUCCUUGCCCACUCUCCUCCACGGACACGUUGUAUCAUAGAUGAAGAAUGUAGCGGACCAAGAAACCAUCAUGACAGUGACCCAGACGCUAUAUGUGUCGGACCUGAUGAAGAAACUACUUCAUUUACUCGCCUAACUAUUCGCCGUCAUCAUGGAGAUGCUGGAGUCGAGACCCUUGUCUGGAAUGGUCCCAAAAUCGAAAUAUGGGAACAAGUGAAAGUUAGCCGGUGGGCAUCACGAUUCUGGUUCGUUCCCAUGAGGACACUUUUUUUGGCGGGAUCCUGUUUUGAUUACCUUGUAGCGGCAAGCUUGUCUCUCUUUUUCUUCAAUCUUUUACCUGUCCCGCUACUAGACGGAGGGCAACUAUUGAAAGCUCUCUUGAACAAUUUGCCUGAAUUGCAUGCCGGAGAUUUCGACAUUGAGUCGAUGCGGUCAGGACAGACACCCGGGCGACGUAAGGCAAGAAUCGAGAGGGGUAUUAUGUUUUGGACGACUGGGAUGUUGGUGGCUUGUGUGCUCAUGGCUGUUCUCCGAACGAUGAAAACUUGAGAGUUGUAUGUAUUUACGUUCUUACUGCAGACUACGGCAUCAGGACAA